AUGGUCCGGCUCGUCGCCGCCCUUCUCAGCGGCCCCGCCGUCUCCUUUCAGCGGCCCCGCCACUACCCCUGCAGCGGCCUCGUCGACGCCCUUUCAGCGGCCCCGCCGCCUCCUUUAAGCGGCCCCGCCGCCUCCUCUCGAAGGCCCCGCCGCCUCCUCUCCGCGGCCCCGCCGCCUCCUCUCAGCGGCCCCGCCGCCUCCUCUCCGCGGCCCCGCCUCCUCCUCUCGGCGGCCCAGCCGCCUCCUCUCAUCGGCCCCGGACGCCGCCCUCUCAGCGGCCCUUCCACCGCCUCCUUUGCGGCCCCGCCGAGCCGCCCAGCAGCAGAGCCGCCGAGCCGCCCAGCAGCCGAGCCCCCGAGCCGCCCAGCCGCCGAGCGGCCCAACAGCCGAGCCGCUGAGCCGCCCAGCAGCCGAGCCGCCGAGCCGCCCUACAGCCGAGACGCCGAGCCGCCAAGCAGCCGAGCCGCCGAGCCGCCCAGCAGCCGAGCCGCCGAGCCGCCCAGCAGCCGAGCCGCCGAGCUGCCCAGCAGCCAAGCCGCAGAGCCGCCCAGCUGUCGAGCCGCCUACCGCCCAGCUGCCGAGUCACCCUGUAGCCGAGCCGCCCGAGCCGCCCUUGUCCUCGCUUUUGACGCUGAGGGUCGGGCCAUUGACUUUGACGUCUGGAUAGAUGACCUGCAGCUUUUCUUACAGUGCGAUAGGGCGGACGGACUCUCUCUCUUUGACCUCACCUCUGGUGCCUCUCCUGCCCCUGCUGUUGAUGCUAACGCCACUGUUCGCUCAGAGGGUGUUCCCCCCUCCCCCCUUUUGCCCUCUGUUGCCUCUGCUGCUGCGGCCGACCUCGUUGGGCUUGAGUCGGUCGGUGCGGCGUCUACCCCUAGUGGGAGACGCCGCUCUGGCAAGGGCAAGGGGGGCAGGGGCGCUGGAGGAGCUAGCGGGGGCGGUGGAGGCGGCGGUGGAGGCGGCGGAGGGAGUGGGGGUGGCGGUGGGGGUGGUGGCGGGGGUGGAGGUGUCGGUGGCGGCAGUGGAGGCGGAGGCGGCGGCGAUGGCGGUGGGAGCGGAGGUGGUGGAGGCUGCUGCUCUAGGUGCUAG